GGACCUCGGCUUGAUCGCGGCGAGCCUCGGCCGAGCGCCUCCUUUCUUCCCUCGCCUCCUUCAUUUCCCUUUCCCCCUUCAUUCCUCCCUUUCCCUUUCCUUCUUCCCUUCUCCCCUUCCCUUUCCCUGCUCCAUUUCCCCUUUCCCAUAUCCGCAUUCUCUUUGCGCUCCGGUUACCGGGGCAGGCCCGGGGAGGCUGAGGGCUCUCGGGGUUCCCGCAGCUCCUGACCUUAUUCCCGCAUCCCCUGCCCCUAUUCCCGUUUUUCCCGUAUCCCCUGCCCCUAUUCCCGUUUUUCCCGUAUCCCCUGCCCCUAUUCCCGUUUUUCCCGCGGCUCCUGACCCUAUUCCCGUUUUUCCCGAGGCAGGCACCGAGCCAUGCGGAGCUGGGGGGUGCUCGGGGGCGCGGCGGCGGCGCUGGCGGCCGGGAUUUAUGUCCUGUGGGGCCCCAUCAGCGGCAGGAAACGGCGGCGGAGAGGGCUCGUGCCAGGCCUGCUGAACCUGGGCAACACGUGUUUCAUGAAUUCCCUGCUGCAGGGCCUGUCCUCCUGCCCCUCGUUCAUCAGGUGGCUGGAGGAGUUCACAGCCCAGUACAGGACGGAGCAGGAGCAGCCCCAGGAGCAGCCCCAGCACCUCUCAGUGACUCUGCUGCAGCUCCUCAGAGCUCUGUCGUGCCAGGAGGUGCCAGAGGACGAUGUCCUGGAUGCCAGCUGCCUGCUGGAGGUGCUCAGGAUGAACAGGUGGCAGAUCUCCUCCUUUGAGGAGCAGGAUGCCCACGAGCUGUUCCAUGUCCUGACCUCUUCCCUGGAGGACGAGCGGGAUCGGCAGCCCCGUGUGACCCAUCUGUUUGAUGUGCAUUCUCUGGAGCAACCAGAAAUAAUCCAAAAGCAAAUAAGCUGCAGAACAAGAGGAUGUCUUCCCCCUGUGUCCAACCACUGGAAAUCCCAGCACCCUUUCCAUGGAAGGCUGACCAGCAACAUGGUCUGCAAACACUGUGAGCACCAGAGCCCUGUGAGGUUUGACACCUUUGACAGCCUCUCCCUGAGCAUUCCAGCAGCUGUGUGGGGUCGUCCCAUGACACUGGACCAUUGCCUCCAUCACUUCAUCUCCUCAGAGUCUGUCAAGGAUGUUGUGUGUGACAACUGCACCAAAAUCCAGGCACAAGGAAUUCUGAAUGGACAGAGCAUAGAAAACCAGAGAACAACAUUUGUUAAGCAAUUAAAGUUAGGAAAGCUGCCCCAGUGUUUGUGCAUCCACCUGCAAAGGCUGAGCUGGUCAAACCAAGGCACUCCCCUGAAGAGACACGAACACGUCCAGUUCAACGAGUUCCUGGUCAUGGACAUCUACAAAUAUCGAGUUCCUGGUCCCAAAUCCUGCCAGGAGCAGCUCAGCCAGAAAAACCCUGAGGAGACAACCCCUGGAAUGAAGGAUGGGAGAGCAGGGAAACCUUCAGAUGCAGAACAACCAGCUGGUACCAAACCUCUCUUCAUGAAUGGUGCCUCCUCUUCCUCCUCCUCCUCUCCCUCAUUUUUAAUGUCCCCAGGAAGUUUCCCACUUGCUGCAUUCCCUGAGUGCAGGGCCCCGCUGUACCUGUACCGCCUGAUGGCCGUGGUGGUUCACCACGGGGACAUGCACUCGGGACACUUCGUCACCUUCCGGCGCGCGCCGGGCGCCCGCGGCAGCCAGUGGCUCUGGAUCUCGGACGAGUCGGUGCGCAGGGCCAGCCUGCACGAGGUGCUGGCAGCCAGCGCCUACCUGCUGUUCUACGAGCGCGUGCACGGCCGGGGCCAGCCCCAGAGCCCGGCCCAGAGCUGAGACAGCGCUGCUGGGACAGUCCCAGCCCUCGGGAUGGUCACAGCCCUCGGGAUGGUCACAGCCCUCGGGGUCAUCCCAGCCCUUGGGGUCAUCCCAGCCCUCAGGAUCAUCCCAGCCCUUGGGGUCAUCCCAGCCCUCAGGAUCAUCCCAGCCCUCGGGGUCAUCCCAGCCCUCGGGGUCAUCCCAGCCCUUGGGGUCAUCCCAGCCCUUGGGGUCAUCCCAGCCCCUGGGGUCAUCCCAGCCCUCAGGAUCAUCCCAGCCCUUGGGGUCAUCCUAACCCUUGGGAUGGUCACAGCCCUCGGGGUCAUCCCAGCCCUUGGGGUCAUCCCAGCCCUUGGCGUCAUCCCCAAGGGUGAUCGUGGAGAGGGAUUGGGACCCUCCUGGGAUGGUCACGGCCCUCAGGGUCAUCCCAGCCCUCGAGACUGUCCCAGCCCCUGGGACGGUCCCAGCCCUCAGGAUCGCCCCAGUCCUCAGGACCAUCCCAGCCCUUGGGACUGUCCCAGCCCCUGGGAUGGCCCUUGGGUUCAUCCCAGCCCCUGGGAUGUUCACGGCCCUUGGGGUCAUCCCAGCCCUCAGGACCAUCCCAGCCUUUGGGAUUAUCCAAGCCCCUGGGAUGGUCCCAGUCCUUGGGGUCAUCCCAGCCCUCUGAACCAUCUCAGCCUUUGGGACCAUCCCAGUCCUUGGGAUUAUCCAAGCCCCUGGGAUGGUCCAAGCCCCUGGAAUGGUCCAAACCCUGGGAUGGUUCCAGCCCCUGGGAUGGCCCCAGCUCCUGGGACAGUCUCAGCCCCUGGAGUGGUCCAAGCCCUGGGAUGGAGCCUCUCCAUUAUGCAAACCUCCCCCUGUCCAGGCUCCCUUCCCGGUGGGAGCAGCUGGGAGUUGUGGUUUGUACCCAGGUCCUGCUGUUCCAGCACCGAGCAGCCCCAGGUGUGUUUGAGAAGUGUUUUCUGCCUGUCCCAAGGCUCUGGUCCAUGUCCUGACACUGCACUUUUCCCAGGGAGAUGCUUCAUCCCAUCCCACACAUUUCACUUCCCAAGGGAGAGCCCUGCAAAGAGUUGAUGUCAAGCUGCUGUUGAGGAGCCCCUGCCCAUCCCAAUCCCUCUCCACGAUGCACCAGCCCCUCCAGGUUCCCUUCCCCGUGGCAAUGGCUGGGAAUUGUGUUUUGUACCAAAAUUCCCAGAGCUGUUCCAGCCCCAAGUGUUGAGCAGCCCUUGUCUGUCAGGCAGGGAUUUUAUCCCCAGGCUCUAUUCCCAGUGUUUCCCAGUGGGGAGCCCUGGGAGGGGGUGAUGGGAAGCUGCUGCUGGCAGUGAUUUAAGACACAAAAGUGCCUUGAGCUUCCCUGAGCAGCUGCAUUGCCACUGGCCCAGCCCUCUGCAUGCCCACUGUGUCCUGGGAAUGCCUCACACCCAUGGGAUGAACCCAUGGAAUCCCAUUCCUCCUGACCCAUCAAGUCAAGGCAUCUCCACAAACUGUCCCCCAUCAAAAAGAUUUCCCUGGUCACACAAUUUUCCUCCCACUUUACUUCUUUAUAUUAUAAAUUCCUUCUCCUGAUUUAAACUGCUUUAUCCAGGAGAUAAUUUUGUAUCUAUUAAGAGCUGAAACCUUAAUUUAUUGCUCCAUACCUUUGGAAUCUAGCUGGAAUCAGCACAUGGAAGUGUUUGCUUAGUGCUCAGUGUUGUCAUUUCCUUCAGCACUGUUGAAUCCAGUUGUUUUGUAGCAUCAACUACAACUUUUAAUGCUGUGAUUUCCAAGCUGCUGUAACUGUUCUAGACUUGCCCUUCCCAUUUUAUUGCUGGAAUCUGCUAUUCCCAGCACUGGGAUCCAUGCUCCUGGCUUGCAGCCCCUGGCCUUGUUAAAUAGAAUAUAAACAACAGGGCCAGGACUGGUGGGCACUUACUGGUCUCAUGAAGAAAUCUGGGAAUCCUGCAUCAGCUCCAGGCUGCCCUGUAAAUAGAAAUAAGGGGAAUUCUGCUGCUCUGGAUUGUUUGAUGUGCAAAAAAAAAAAUUAAAAAAAAUCCCAAAGCACAGAGGGAAAAGCAGCAAAAGUCCUCCUUUAAAAACCUGCUUUUAAAUAACCAGGCAUAAAAUAUGUAGGUUGUUUUUAGCUCUUUUCUGUCCUUGUAAGCUUGGAGGAGAAAAAUGCCUCAUCAGACAAGCUUUUUUUUUCAGUGUGAAGUUUUCAAAUAACAACUGUCUUAAAUAGUUUUUUUAGGGCAACUUUGUACCUCAUGAAUUCAUAGUGCUGCCCAAAGCUCGGGGGUGUUCCCACUUCCUCAGGAGAGGCUCCAAACCAGCCAAAGCAGGAGUGGUAAAAUAGGUGGAUAUGCAAAAUUAUUUACAUAACUCAUCAUUCCAGAGUCUGGAGCACAAAUUCCUGGCCCAGGUAAAUGCUCAUAGUACAUAAAUAUUGAUAAAUCCACUGCUGGACUGGGACCUGGUUCCUGGCUGUGCUGCACGAGCAGUAGCUUGGUUUUAACCUGCUUUAAUUUACAAAAAACCAAGAAAACAAACAAAAAGGAUGCAAAAUGCCAAAAAUUUGCUCUGGCCAAUGAAGGAAGAGCUGACAGAGCUGGAGAAGGAGCCAGCCCUCCCUACUGGGAGCCAUCGAAAACCAUCACCCCUGCAUCUCCCUGCAGCAGAUCUGCCCCUGCAGCCCAGAACUGAAACCAUUUCCAGUGCCAGCAGUGGCAGUCCUGCAUUCUCCAGGCUCAGUGCUCUGCUUGGGGGGUUUUUCCUGAAUUUGGGGGGGGUUUUUCUUGGAUUUGGGGGUUCAGCUGAGCAGCCCCUUGGUUGUGCUGGAGGAGGGGCAGAGGACACGCACACUAUGGACUGAAACCUGAAAUCUGGCAGCUGGGACCAGCAGGUUUUCUUUGCCAAGAGCUGUUUCCCUGGGCUGUGGAUUGACUCUGGAUCUCCCUCAAGGGCUGUCAAGGGGAGGGUUGAGCCUUUUUUUUUUUGCUUUGCUUGGUGGGGAGGAGUAAAUGAGCUUGGCUUAACUCUCAGGUGAGGAAGGGAGCAAAGCCCAGCACCUCAGUCGUGGCCCUGAGCUGUGCCAGAUCCUGACAGCCCCCUGUGAGCUGGGCAAUCUGUGCAGGGCUUUGGGAGCUCAUCCUCCCCUCUGGAGGUCACUGGGAUCUGUUUUCCAGCCAGCCACACCUGUGGAGAUCACUGGAAUUUGUGCAGGUGUUUGGGAACCAGCCCUCCCCUUUGCAGGGCUCUGUGUUUGCCAGCCCAGCCUCCCCUUUGGAGAUCACUGGGAUGUCUUUCCAGAGGUCACAGAAUUCUGUGUUUUCCAGCCAAACCUCCCCUCUGGGAGGGCUCUGUGCAGCCACAAGGCUCAAACUCUGGUACUCGUCCCUCCCAAGCUGCCAUGGUGGAGAAGAUGUUAAUGAAUUGUAAAGAAUUAAGAGCUCCAAGAUGACAUUUCUGUGUUUGGAUUAUUCUUGUCUUUAUUUUGUGUGUUAAUUUAAAAAUGUCUGUUCCAGUCCAAGCACUGCACUACUGUUUGAAGUUGCUUUUUUUCCACUUCAGGGUAUUUUUGUAACUGUACAGUAGCAAUAAAAGAACAAACUUGGUAGAAAAA